AUGGUACCUUGUUCCGUCACAGCUGCUUCUUCGUCGUCACUUCUCGCCGCAAUCAUCCCACGCCACACCUCCUUCUCUCGCCCUUCCUCUCUCCCUCUCCGCUUCUCGCGUGCUUCUCCCGUCAACUCCCUCUCCAAUGGCUCCUCCGCCCAAUUCAACCCUCAACUCUUCAGCCCUAGCGAUCCACCGCAGCCUCGAACCCUGUUCCCCGGCGGCUACAAGCGCCCCGAGCUUAAGGUCCCCACUCUCGUCCUCCAAUUGGACUCCGACGAGGUCCUCGCCGCCGACAAUCACGCCUUCGCGUUAAUUGACGAAGCCGUCUCCAAAUGGGUUGGUAUUGUCGUUCUUUCUAGCAAUGAACCAAGUGGUGGCAAACUCUACCAAGCUGCAUGCUCCUUGAAAUCACUGCUUCAAGACCGCGCGUAUUUGCUAGUCGCCGAGCGCGUCGAUAUCGCCGCUGCCGCUGCCGCUAGUGGAGUUUUGCUCUCUGACCAAGGUCUUCCGACUGUUGUUGCCAGGAAUACGAUGCUGGAUUCGAAAUCUGAAUUGGUUUUUCUUCCCUUGGUUGCUAGGAUUGUUCACACCAUGGAUGCUGCAGUGAGUGCGUCUAAAUCAGAAGGUGCUGAUUUUCUUAUAUACGGCGGUAGUGACCUACAGCAUGUUAUCCGGGAAGUUGGUUCUGUGUGUGAGAGUGUGAAGAUACCUAUUUUUGUUUCAUGUGGAAAAGAUAGUAUGUCUUAUGCUGACGUGUCAGGCUUGCUGGCCUCUGGUGCUAGUGGUUUUGCUACUAGUUUGGCAAAUUUUGGUUUGUAUGGUGAUGAGUUUUUGCACAAAGUUUUUGGCACAGUGUAUGCAAGUAAUGAUGGUGGGAAUAUGAGUGAGAAUAACUUGAAUGUAGAUAAUGGUUUUCAGAGUGAGACGGAGGUUGUGGCUGGGUUUGUUAAGCUGGAGGAUAGGGAGAAACAGUUAAUAGAAACAGAGAGAUUGGUGUUGAAUGAAGCUAUUGAAGUUAUCAAGAAGGCUGCACCUCUGAUGGAGGAAGUUUCUCUUCUUAAUGAUGCAGUCUCUCAAAUUGAUGAGCCGUUCUUACUGGUUAUAGUGGGGGAAUUCAACUCUGGUAAAUCUACCGUGAUUAAUGCACUUCUUGGAGAAAGAUAUCUCAAAGAGGGAGUUGUUCCAACAACCAAUGAGAUCACAUUUUUACGAUAUAAUGACUUAGAUGUCGAACAACAGCGGUGUGAAAGACGCCCAGAUGGCCAAUAUAUUUGCUACCUUCCUGCUCCAAUUCUUAAAGAAAUGACAAUUGUUGAUACACCUGGAACUAAUGUGAUACUUCAGAGACAGCAGCGUCUUACCGAGGAAUUUGUACCCAGGGCAGAUUUACUUCUUUUUGUCAUUUCUGCUGAUCGGCCUUUAACUGGAAGUGAGAUUGCUUUUCUUCGUUACUCUCAGCAGUGGAAGAAGAAAGCGGUCUUUGUCUUGAAUAAAGCUGACAUUUAUCAGAAUAAUCAGGAGCUUGAGGAGGCAAUGUCCUUCAUUAAGGACAACAUACAGAGAUUGCUGAACUCUGAAAACGUCAUAUUGUAUCCUGUAUCUGCUCGGUCUGCUCUUGAAGCAAAACUUAGAGCUACCUCCAAUGUUGGGAGGCUAAAUGAAGAAUUAUCAACCUCUGAUUCUCAUUAUGGUGCCAGCAGCUUCUUCGAACUUGAAAACUUCUUGUAUAGCUUUCUAGAUGGGUCAACAAUCCCAGGAAUGGACAGAAUGAGGCUCAAACUUGAAACACCUGUUUCAAUUGCAGAUAGACUAAUAUCUGCAUGCGAAACUCUUGUGACACAAGACUACAGAUAUGCCAAGCAUGAUUUGGCUACAGUGAAAGACAUUGUUAGUACUUUAAAGGAUUUUUCUUUGGAUAUGGAAACUGAGAGCCUCUCUUGGAGGAGACAAACUCUGUCUUUGAUUGAGACUACGAAAUCACGAGUUAUAGAGCUUGCUGAAACUAAUUUGCAAUUGGCUAAUUUUGAUAUUAUUGCUUCAUACGCUUUCAAAGGAGAAAAAAAUGCAAUGGCCACGACCUCAAGAAUUGAGAAUGACAUAAUUGGUCCUGCUGUCUCAGCUGUCCAGAAAAUACUUGAAGAAUAUGAAAAUUGGUUAUAUUCCAAAUAUACCCAUCAAGGCAGACUAUACAAGGAAUCCUUCAAUAAACGGUGGCCCUCCUUGAGCCAUGAAAGUAUUCAGAUGAAUUUUGAGACAGAAGGGUUGCUAAAGAAAGUGGAUCAAGCUGGCAGUCAGGUUAUUGACAAUUUCAGCAGCAGUGCAGUUUCAAAGUCAUUUGAGCAAGAAGUACGGGAAAUGAUUAUAGGGACUUUUGGUCAACUAGGUGUCGCUGGUUUAUCUGCUUCGCUACUGACAUCUGUGCUGCAAACCACAUUGGAAGAUCUUCUUGCUCUUGGUAUUUGUUCAGCUGGCGGGUAUCUAGCUAUAUCAACUUUCCCUGGUCGCAGGCAGAGGGUGAUAGAUAAAGUGAAAAGAAAGGCAGAUAACUUGGCAUAUGAACUAGAAGACGCGAUGAAAAAGGAUUUGACUGAAGCCAUAGAGAAAUUGGAAACAUUCAUGGAAGUCCUUAGCAAACCUUACCACGAUGAAGCGCUGAAUAGAAUUAACAGGCUAGUAAAGAUUCAAGAAGAAUUAUCAAAUGUCGAGAAAAAACUUAGAACGCUACAAAUUGAGAUUCAAAAUCUUCAUGUCUCGUGA